AAGAAAACGUAUUUGUGGUUGAGGUUGUGUUUUUUAAUUGGAAUUUUACAGAAAGUUCUUGUUGAUUUUGGGCAAAUAUUUUAAAAAUGAAUAAAAUAUUCUCUAGAACCCUCAGAAAGCUUUGCCAAACGAAUUCACAGUAUAAUACGCACCAAUCGGCCAGUACAUUCAAAGCAGCCAUUAUUAAAGAAUCUGGAAAACCUUUAGAAAUUGAAGAACGCAAAGUAGUGAGCCUCAAGCCAAAUCAAGUACGAGUACAGGUGGUUUACUGUAGUGUCAAUUCGGUGGAUUGCCAUAAAUUCAGACAAGGUGGUGGAGAGUUUCCCUUCAUACCAGGCUAUGAGCUCUCUGGGGAGGUUAUCGAGAAAGGCAGAGAUGUUUCAAAUGAAGACAUAAUCCUUGGCGAUAGAGUUGCUGGGCUGAGUCUUGAAAAUUUUGGAGGGAUUGCUGAACAGUGUGUGUUAGAUGUUGAUGAUGUCUGGAGAAUUCCAAGUGACCUGGAAAGGAAGGAUGCAGCUGUCAUAGCAUAUGGCCACUCUACUGCUGUAUAUGCCUUUUCAAAGUUAGCUUCUGUCAAAGAGAAUGAAAGGAUUAUAAUAUCUGCUGGACCUGCAGGUUUGGGAUUGGCAGCUGUAGAUGUUGCUGCAAAUGUUUAUGCAGCUAAGGUUAUAGGCCUUGUUGACACUGAGGAGCGAGGUGAGCUGGUUCGAGAAAAAGGUGCCUUCGAAACACUUCAUUUCAGUGAAAAGUUAACUAAGCAGUGCAUGAAAAUAACAGAGAAUAAAGGAGCAAGUAUUGUUUAUGAUGCAGUAGGGGAUUAUAUGAUGGAAACCAUUGGGAGUUGUGUUUCAGUAGGUGGAAAAAUCUUUCACGCAGCACCAUUCUUCUAUAAAACUGUUCCAGCACCUAAACCACACUCAUUUCUGUCUAUUGUCAGUUUGAAGGAAUUGAGAAGGCAGAAUAAACACCUUUAUAAAACGGUAGUAGAUGAUACUCUAGAACUUGCCAAUGAAGGAGUCAUCAGUGCACACAUAAGUGCUAGGUUCAGCUUAGGUGAAAUCAAUGAAGCUAUUAAAUUCAUUGAAGAAAAAAAAUGCACAGGAAAAGUUCUAAUUCACGUGGAUGGAUAGGUUAUAAGUAAAAAAGUGUGAUGUAUGAAACUGCUAUAACAAAAAAAGGAUUUUUAAUUUAUGUAUAUGCUUUUUAUGGAAAAUAAAAUACUUUUUACUGAA